GGGGCCGGGGCCGGUGGCCUGGGCCAGGCUGCCCGCGCGGCGCCGGGGGCUGCUCCGGAGCUCGGGAGUCCCCCCGCUCGCGGGGGCAGAGCGCCUCGAGGCUGCGGGACCCGGGCGUCGGGGGGCUUCUUGCUGCCCUCUGACCCAGGCGUGCGCUGGCGGGGAAGGUUCCUGCUUCUUAGAGCCGGGGAUGGCUCCUGCCUCUGACUGUCCGGAAUUAGGGAUGUUUGAGUGCACAGCAGCGUGGCUAGAGGAAGGCGCUGCCAGGACAGGGGAAGGGAUCCCUGAGAACGGGCUGCUUCGUUAUCCGUGUAACCGAAGUUAGAGCUGGACGUGUGGGCAGGUUCUUUGAAUAAUUACCGUGAAAGUGUUCAGGAUGCAAGUUCACCCCGGACUCCCAAGGGAAAAACGGGGAUGCCCUGGAGACAGACUGUCCUGACUCUGUGUGUAAUCAGGGAAAAUAACGGAUUUGUUUGGAUUUCCGGGACAACUGUGUCAACUCGCUCAAAACCUGCGCGGGCAGAGAGCGCUUUCCUGCCGCGCGCCCGGGAGCUGCCAGCAAGCCGUGCUCCGCUCCGCUUCGUGCCGCGGAGCCUCUCGUAGCGCGCGGCGCCUUCCCCCGCCUCCGCGUCCCGGCGGACGGGCCUCCUCCCCGGAGCCUCUCCGGGCUGCCCUGCGCCGGGGCGGUGACGUCACCGUGUUUACACGGGGCUCCGGCGGUUCUGCGAACCAGGAAUGUGGGGAAUGGGGCCUGCGCCGAAUCGUGCGCGCUGCCGUCAGCUCUGCCGUGCUGCUCCUGGGCUGAGGAGGGAAUUGGCUGUGCUUGUGCUGAGUUCAGGCCUUUCGAGCUCUGGGGAAAUGUGUUGAGGCUGCAUUUUCUUCAUUGCAGUCGUCGCAUUUGGCACUUUUCAGUGUGAUCUUUCUUCGGGAAGCUAUCGAAAGCUGAGAAUCAGCAGUCUGGAGAGUUAGACCCAGCUUGGUCUCUGUCUUGACGCCAAUUCUCUGGGUGUCCUCUGAGCGAGCUGCCAAAUAGUUCAAUCUCUGAUCCUUUGAGCAAGGCCAGAAAAUAGCCAGCAACUUGUGUCCAGGUCGUUCUUCCCAUUCUACCGCUGGACUUGUGUGCUGGUUUGCCUCCAUCCCUGAUCCCUUUGGAAAGGGGGCUGGGGGCAAGGAGAGGUGAGAUGCCCAGGUGCUGUCAGCCAGGGUCUUGCUGCAGCGUUGGAGGCUGUUCUGGGAGGCUUGCGCUGGACUGAGGACGGGGCUGGACGUUGGGCCAAAAGCUGGAUUCUUCAGGCCGAAAAAUGCCUGACUCUUAAAAUACAAAAAAGGUUGAAUUACUGUUGUCGGGGACUGGGACCAGUCUCUUCUCUCGUCCACUGGUCCGUUGUUGCCUCCGUCCCCGUUUGGCUUCUUGCAGUGCGUUGGAUGUCUCCCAGCUACCGACUCCUCCUGGUUCCCGUCUGCCCCGGCUCUUCCAAAAGCAGCGGCUGGGUCUGGAAGCAGUUUGGGUGUGGGUUUGGGAAGUGCUUCGUUAGAAGGCCUCUUCCUGGCAGCCUCCUUCAUUCAGACAACCCGGGGGUUUUGCUGAGCAGGUUUGGCCCAAAAUUUGAACAUCCAGUUUCCUUCCCCCACGUUAACCUGUUCCUGGGGAUUUUCUUCCGCGGGUUUCUGUAGCUGUAGCAGCGGUGGUGGUGCCACGGCGCCUUUGUGAGGUCCCGGCUCUGCGAGCGCUGCUGCUGCUCGCGCGCCGUCCGCCCCGCGGAGAUCCCCUCCCGGGGCUGCCUGGCGCUGCGGCCUUGUUUGUUUGUUCCCGGCUCCGCUGCGAUGAGGGAAGUUUGGGUGCUUGCCAGGCAGCUGAGCGCUGGUUAAAGCCACAAGGCGAGCAAACUUCUCUGGUCCCCGACCGUUCCUGCCCUCUGCUCCCUGCGCUCAGCAGGGGACGGUGCGGAGAGGUGCUGCUGGGGUGACGUUGGUCUCCCCAGUUAAUCCUUUUCUCCUACCCCUUUUCCAGCAGCCAUGUUGUUUGCCAAGUAGGAACUGAGGAAAGAAAUGCAAGGGUAUGAGAAAAAGGGAAAAAAUGGUUUUUAUGAAGCAAUGGCACGUGUGCCGCCCGUCCUGUGCUAGCCUGCUGUCUUGCAGCUAGCCUCCCUGGCCGGCAAAGUGACCUUUUUGCACCGGCACUGUCAGGUUGUAGCAGACACCUCACUGGAAGGAGCAUCGUCCUCUGGGUAUAAAUAGCCUGCCUCCCAGCAGGCUCCGAGCUUCGGGAACGUCAGAAUUUUACCUGUCUGCUAGGUGUCCUGGAGAACGCUAACCCCUUUCACCUCUAACAGACGGUGGUAGGUGCAUUGCAGAGAGCCUGAGCCACAGCUGCCGGAAGAGCAUAAUUUCCUAUUUGCUGACUUGCGUGUGUGGUCCUUGGCUAUAGCCCUCUAUCCGUGCCGCUUGCAUUUAGCGAGCAAAGUAGUGGCUGCGUGGGUGUGACUGCAAGGUGGGCAAAAGAGGGCUGGAUACUGGUGGAAAGAGAGACUCAAGGCUCGUAAGGGGUUAAACAGGACGGGUUUAAUAAAGGACCUACGCUGCAGACUGCACGGGGAGCCCCGGGAAGCGCGCGGGGGGUCACCGAUGGGAGGCUGCCGGAGGCACCGGUCGGACACACGGGUCGGACGCCCAGGCGGGACUCACGGGCAGGACUCGGCUCGUUGUCCCUAAGGACCCCUUAAAUCUGCUAGCACUGUUUCCUUGUCUCAGCUGUGCUAACCUUGAGCAGCUCCUGCCGGGCAGCAGCUAGAUGCUGUAGGCGAGGGAGUGUCCAUGCCUGGCCCUGAGGGGCAGCUGGUCAGGGUGUGGUCUCACGCGCUGGGCCUGCUGCCCUGUGCUCUGCCAGUCACUGGCUCCGCGACAGUCUUCCGCGGGUGUUCCCGCUACGGCGGGAGAACUCAUUUUUGUUGUUGACUGUUUGGCGCCGAGGAGACCGCAAGUGUGAAGGUGCUUGUGGGCUGGAUGCGGACAGGAAUCCUGGCAUUGCCUAAGGAAGCCUGCAGUUCUGGUCGUUUGAGACACUGUUUUGUCUGUUGAAUGACAUUGGAGAGGAUUCAAUUCAUUGGGCUGCAGAGUAACAUCCUGACCUAAAGCCUGCAGGGAGGAGGCAUCUGGAGACAGAGGCAGGGUUUGGGUGUGAUUCACUGCAAAACAGGCCUGGGAAUUGCUCUCCUCGGUUCUGAAAUGCUGUCCUCCCUGGCAGCGAAGGGGUCUGCUCUCCUCUGCUUUGGCCUCCCUUAAUCUUUGUUUUCUUAGGCGGCAAAGCUUGGCUCUGAAGAUAAGGGAGGGGAAAAAGUGAUUCUGUGCCCUGGUAUUGCCAGAGACUGGUAGGGGCUUUCUCUUUUCAAGAGAUCUGAGUGGGAGAGGCGAGGGCUGCCGAGGUGUCGGCCCGAAUUUGUGACGGGAAUGCAGCGUGCCUGAUGCCUGUGCUGCGGGGUCAGGUCGUCCUUCUGCUCCUGCCGGGAGGGUUGGGUCAGAACUUCGACUUUACCCUGAGCGUGCUGGCGUUCUGGGCAGGCAGGAAGAGUCUGGACGGGAACGAGCCAGCAGCGGUGUCUGCUGUCCGCAGGGUGCUCAGCGCGGUGCGGUGCGGAGGCGGAGGCUUCCCCCGCGCAGCUCGCCCUGGGUCACGUCUUCUAAACCGCACCGGUUUGGGUCCCGGGGAGCGUCUGGGAUCCGGUCGGACUUUCCCCGGGGUUCCCGGUCCCGGGCUAUGCCCGGGCACUUCAGAGGGGGCGUGGGAGCGGCCGGGCUCGCUGCGCUUGGGAGCCGCGGGGAUGAGGCCGGGAGCCGGAGGCCCCGAGGCCGCCGACCUGCUGAGUCAGCGUGACUGGCUCGGAGCAGCCGUGCGCUGGACCGAGCCUGCUGCCUGCCAGGCUAUUUUUAAAAACGUGGCUUCCGUGUAUUCUGACUCCUCCCAGUGUUUUAAUUUCCCCCACCCCAAGCGAAAAGCAGCGUUGCCACAAGUCUCCGUGGGAAUAGGGGUGUGGAAGGACGGAUGAGCGGCAGCAGCUCCUGCUCAAGGACAGAGCCGGCUGCCCGUGCGUCUGCCUCGGCCGGGCGCUGCCUGGGGCGGCCGCGGGGAUGUGCGCUGGCGAAGGGCACCGCUGCCGGGCUCGGCUCCACCUCGAGGAGCCGCUCUGACCUUCCUCCCUCUCCUUCCCUCCCCUCCAGGAGCUGACUGACGCGGCUGUCGUGUUAUGACGACCCCCAACAAAGGAAACAAGGCCUUGAAGGUGAAGCGGGAGCCAGGCGAGAAUGGGACCAGCUUGACAGACGAGGAGCUGGUGACCAUGUCUGUGCGGGAGCUGAACCAGCAUCUACGGGGCCUGUCGAAGGAGGAGAUCAUCCAGCUGAAGCAGCGUCGGCGCACGCUGAAGAACCGGGGCUACGCAGCCAGCUGCAGGGUCAAGCGCGUAACCCAGAAGGAGGAACUGGAGAAGCAGAAGGCAGAGCUGCAGCAGGAGGUGGAGAAGCUGGCCUCCGAGAACGCCAGCAUGAAAAUGGAACUCGAUGCUCUCCGCUCCAAAUACGAGGCGCUCCAGAACUUCGCCAGAACCGUGGCCCGGAGCCCCGUGACCCCCGUGCGGGGGCCGCUCACCUCCAGCAUGGGGCCCCUCGUCCCUGGCAAGGUGUGCCUCUGUGCCCUAGCAGUGGGUUUCCUUCAGACUUCCUCGGCGUUAACCGUGCAAGCUAGCAGUGGUGGAAAGGAGAUGCCGUAGUGCCCUGCUGCCUCUGCUCCAGCGGCGGGGAAGGAGCCAGGACAGGGCCCUUGCGUGGGGCCCGGCACCCCGGGGGAGGGAGGGAAGGUACCGUGUUGACUGCAGGCCGGUUUUGUGCCUAAUGUGUUGCACUGAACAAGACCAAAAUCACUAGUUGUUCCCGUGUUUGGAGGAUAUCAAGUGUCUCUAGUGUGAUGGUUUACACAACCAGUUUAUGUGGUUAAAGAGCCCUUUAUUUAAAGAGAGAAACAUCAUUUUAAGAGUUAUUAAAUUAUCUAAGUUUAAAAGUAAAAUCAGACAGAAGAGAGAGCGUAUUUAUAGUCAGCUUUUUUUAUCUGAGAGGGCGAGAAUAUUUGACCAUAUAUAUGGGGAAAUAUUCUCAGAGACUUUGCUAGUUAAAAGUUAAUAAAUAAAUAAUUUUAAAGUUUCUCAUGAACCUCCCGCAAACUGUUUGUGGCUCUGAGGUUAGUUUUUAUAAAGAGUUAUCAGACUUUAUUUAUAAAACUUAGAAAAAGACAAAAAAAGAGGCAAGUCCUGUUUGAUAUCUUUUUGCAAUUGUACCAAAAGUGACUUAUUCUCGACCUUGCUGGCUUCCGUUGCAUCCCCUUGUGUUGCGCUGUCUGUGCUCUCUGAGCUCUCGCGUGGCGCUGUAACGUGGUGGUGCCAGUGGCUGCCUUUGCCAUGUGGUGUCGUUUUCAUGCUUCCGUUGUUUUCCCUGGGUUCAAUCAAGAGACGGACUUGGGAGCUCUCCUAAGUCUCCAGAGGGUUUCUGGCAUUCAGGCAAAGUUGCUGUUUUCCAUAAAGACCAAAAUGAAUGGCUAGUGCAACUGAGUAGUCAGGCCUGUCCAGAAAAUGGUUUUUUUUCUGCACAGGCACGUUGCAGGAAGUCUGUUUCCCUGCCUGGAUGUUGCAGCUAUUCCUUUUGCACAAACAGCUUAAGCCUCUUGUAACCAGCCAACAUUGGGUAACUCGGUUACCUGAAGGGGGAAGAAUAUUGCCAGCAGAACUGCUCUCUCACUCCUCCAACAAAGCUGGUAGAGUUGAUGCAAGGGAGAAUUUUCUGAGUUUAGGAGGAGACUGAUGGGAUUUAACUCUGGGUUCAGUUGUGGUCAGAACUUGUGUUGCUCCUGUGGCUCCUCUGACAAGAGAGGCAAGUCUGCCUGCCUAUUUGGGCAGCUCUGGACCUGCACCAGUCCUGAAACUGGAGUCUCUUGUGCUGAGUGUCUGCAUAUUACUGAAAAUUAAGCUGUGGCAUGGUUGCUUUCUUUCCUGGUGCAGCUUCUGGCUGUGUGUGUUGGAGAGUGCUUAGACUACAGCUGUGUGACACAGCUGAGAAGCUAUUAGUGGUCGGGCUCCAUUUCCACAAACACUUUGAACCCCCUCCUCCUCCACCUCCCCAAAGGUUUGAGCUCAUUACUGAGUUGUUUUAGAGAAGCAGGACAUGGGGCUGAAGUCCAUGUGAUGAUUUCUUGUCUGCUGAAGGUCUCGAGCACCGGGGACAGAUAAGGAUGGCACAAGUGAAGCUGCAGUCUUGUGGGGGAGGCAUGGUUUGCCAUGCUCGAUGUUUUUUGGUGAUGUGGUUGUUGCAUAGCUGAACUUACACUGCUCUUCUCUGGGCAAAGGAGUUCACUAGUGGCUGAGAAGGUAAACCUGAUGAAAGGCACAGCGUGGCAGGAGGAGGAGUAGGUGAUCAGUGGGGAUUUCCUGCUGGAAGGGGAGGUCUUCACUGAUUGUGAGUGUUGGGAGAAGUGUUUGGGUUGCUUUUCCCAGUGGAUUUCCUGAACGAGGAGAGCAUCAGAGUGUCUCCUCCAGGCUUCCCCCUUCCAGCUUGUGGGUUCCCUCCUCUCUGAGCUGAGGCGUUCGACAUGCUGCUUCCCAGCCAUUCGCCAGACGGGCGAGGCACUGAGCAGCGCUCGGCACAGCUUUCUGGGCCCUGACACCUGGGAAUUACGGAUCUUUGUCUUCCAGCUGCUCACGUGGUGCCUGGAAGGGAUGGGAAGUUCCAAAGCGCAGAAUCCUCCGGUUGGCCGUGGGCGUAAAUCCCAACGCUGUCCCUGCGGAGCUGGCCUGAAUCGGUAACCCCUCGAGAGCGCCGUUCCGAUUCCACCCAGUGCUCCGACCGCGGCGGGGGGGCCGCUGCCGAGGUUUGUGCGGGACAGGCUGGGGCUGAGCGGCAGGUGCUGGAGACUUGGGUGUGAGGAGGGCCCCGCAGCAGUGCGGGCUCUGGCGGGCAAGUCCGACAGCUGUGGUGAACUCGCUUCCGUUGUACCGUGCACCAAAGGGCCCGGUCCUUUUCUGCCUCCCGGACGACGACCGCUUUGCCGUAAGUGGCUGCGCCGCUCUAGAGCGAGGCCGUGAGCCGGGAGGACAGACGGAGCGGACGGUGGCACUGACCACCAGACGUCAGCUCGGCCGUUCUCCGUCCGUCUGCUGUGCCCGCUCGUUCGUGGUCCCAGCUUGCUUGGAGUGUGUUCAGUGAGGACGUCGUGUCCCGGAGGAGACGUGGUGCAAAGCCAGUGCCGCGGGUGCUUGUGUGAGGAACGGGCUCCGCUGGGUGCCGGGCUGCUUUUCGCUUGGGUUCAGGCUCUGUCUGGCCGCAGGUGAGAUGUUUCCCUGCUCGUGAAGCGCUCUGUCUUGGGGAUGCCGGGGGGGACCCAGUCCCCUGCAAGCUCUGCUCCCCCAUGCUAGUGUGUAGUUCUUGGUUUUGUUCUCAGUGGAGUAUUGGAAUCCGACUAAUGUAUUUCUGCCGUGUCCAGGGACUCCCGUCGUGCUCAAGGGGACCCCGUCCCCGCGCCAGCCGGUCCGCGCGCCUGCGCGGGGCGAUCCCUGCCCCAACCCGCCGCUCUGAUCUCUCGUGUAUAGCGUUCCGGAGUGUGACAGUUCUUGUUCCUAAGGUGCUGUUCGUUUGGUUUCCUGCUGUGAAGGGUGUUGUGUUUCCUUUCCCCUUUCCUGGUACCUUUCUGACGCAGCGGUUGGGGGGGGCUCUGCUCCCAGCCUGGCUGCAAAGCAAACCCACGGAGUGUGCCCCCCCGGCGCACGGGGGUUUGUGUAUGUUGUGGUGAAUUGUGUACAGUUAUCUCCUGGAUUAUGCAACCUUGGUGGGCAUCGCCCUCGGGCUGCAGCACGGGGGCUGCUGCGGGUGCCCGCGGCCGGGCCGGCGUCCCGCGGGGCCUGGCUCGGCCGCUGUCCCCCCGCGCAGGCGGCCUGCAGCCCCGCAGCCCCGGCGCAGCGGAGGGGGUGUUGGCGCCCGCGUCGCCCGCUCGGAGCAGCUCGGCCCGGGCGGCGGGGCGGGGAGGGAGGCCGGGGCGCCGGGCGACGCCGCCGGGCCGCGAGGGGAGCUGCCCCGCCCGCAGCAGCGGCGCCCCGCGGCCCGCCCCGGCCCCCCCCUAUUUAUUGCUAAGUUAUUGUCGCUGCCGGGCGCCGGGGCGGCCCGCCGGGCGUUAUUUAUUUCUGUACAUAGUGUAUGUUUGUCGAUAUGAGCUUUCUUUAUUUUGUAUAUGACCAAUAAACAUCUUUUAAAGAG